AUGUUGCCCAGGCUGAUCUUGAAUUCUUGUCCUCAAGCAAUCCUCCUGCCUCAGGCUGGUCUCCGCCAAGCUCCUCCUCCCCAGCACGCGUGGGGCCCUUAUCAGGAAAGGAUUUGGGUUGGUGGAGGGUGGGGGAAGUGGCAGGCCCCAGGCUCAGGCAAGGUGGGUGGGAGAGAUAGGGAAGUGGGGAGGGGGCCUGGGAGGCUGGGAGGGAUGCCCAGAAGCGGCUCAGUGGGCUUCGGUCAAGCUCUGUCCACGCCGGCCUGGCCCCUGCCAAGGUUCCAGAGCCUCUCCUGCCUUCCAUCCGUGCCAGGCAAGAUGCCGGCACCUUUAAUUAGCAAGCAGCAGCCUCUCCCCGAUUCAUCACAGUCACUGUUUAAUUAG